AAUCUUGCGACCUUUUUAACUCUCUCUCUCUCGCUCACUCUCUGCCACUCUUUACGAUUCUUCCUCUUCUGUAAAGCAAAGCCAUGGCCGCUGCUUCCCCAAUGGCCAGCCAGCUGAAGUCCAGCUUCACCUCACCAAUCACAAGAGCUUUGGCCUCACCCAAAGGCCUCUCUGCCUCUCCCCUCAAAGUCUUGCCUUCUGGGAGACGCCAUUCCUUCACCGUCAAAGCCGUCCAAUCUGAAAAGCCAACUUUCCAGGUUAUUCAGCCCAUCAAUGGGGACCCAUUCAUUGGAAGCCUAGAGACUCCGGUGACAUCAAGUCCAUUGAUUGCAUGGUACCUCUCUAACCUUCCGGCCUAUAGGACGGCAGUCAGCCCACUCCUGAGGGGUGUUGAAGUGGGCCUGGCCCAUGGGUUUCUCCUUGUUGGGCCCUUCGUCAAGACUGGGCCUCUGAGGAACACCGAGUAUGCUGGGGGAGCCGGGUCUCUUGCUGCUGCUGGCCUUGUUGUUAUACUUAGCAUUUGCUUGACCAUGUAUGGCAUUGCAUCCUUCAAUGAAGGAGAACCAUCCACUGCCCCCGGAUUAACCCUAACCGGCCGGAAGAAGGUGCCUGACCAGUUGCAAACCGCUGACGGAUGGGCCAAGUUCACCGGCGGGUUCUUCUUCGGUGGGAUUUCCGGUGUCAUUUGGGCAUACGUCCUCCUCUACGUCGUGAACCUGCCCUACUACUUCAAGUGAAUUUUUGUUCAUCUAUGUUUUCUCCUAAUGUAUGGUCCUAAUUGGGAAGCAAAUGUAAAGUUGUAUAUUUAAUGACCAACAUUGUUGCCACAAUUAUUGUGUUUAAUAUUUGGACUUCCCUCGUUGUGGACUUGUACAUUUCAAUUUUCACAUAUUUACAAUUAUGCUUUUAAAUUUUCACAA